UGCUAUCCCCUUCUCCCCUCCUCCGGCCUCGGGAGCCGGGGGAUAGUGGCGAGUUGCCUUCUCCUCCCGCCCUCCUCCUGCCUUCCCCCUCAGGGGGAGCGGUUGUGUGGGCCAUGGGGGGCGCGGCGGGUAAAGGGGGUGGUUUAACCCUCUCGGUUGCUCGUUCUCCCCUCAUUUCCCUAGGGCUUUAGGGCCUGUUCGUAUCUCCCUGUCCCAGGGUCUGUGCCGGGGUAAGUCUGCUGGGCUUCAGCCGCGGGCCUUGCACCCCCCCUGCACUGUUCCCUCAGCAUCCAGCCUGUCCCCUGCCUGUCCCCCGCGGGCUCAGGAAGGGCUGGUAGAGCUCAGUUCUCGCCCAGGUGAUACCACCUGUACCCAGGCCUCUCCCCUCGGGGAUACUGCACCUUCAUGGUGCCUCAGCUCAAAGGCUGCCCACUGUGGUUUUCCGGGUUCCUGGAAUACAGCCCCCUUUCUGUGUGUGCGGGAGGGAUCAGAAGUGUUGGAAAAAGGUGCUGGGAUAUAACCAUGGAAACGGCAAGCCUGCACAGAGCCGCCUCUGUCUGCUGCCCUUUGCUGUCCGCACCCGCCGUCUGCCAGCGUGGUUCUGACGUGGCAGUCAUCUGCUUCGGGGACAAAAAGUGCUUCAUCCUCCAGCGCUUCUUUCCACAGGGCACUUAAACAUUGGUGUAGAAAUUCUGCACCUGACUUCACUUGGGAUGUAGCCUUUCUUAGCAGGCUUUAGUAACAAUAACUCGGGUACUUACAUUUGCAUUCCCUGAGAGAACUGCAGCAGCUGAAGGUGUUGCUGUUCCCAGCUGUCAGCCUGCCUGUCCCUGGGGUGAUCCAGCUGAAAUGCUGCAGCCUGAACAGAGCUGUUCCUGGAGGGACAGUGUUUUGAUGACCUAUGACCACAUAGAAAUUACCUUCAGUGAUCUGGAGCCAAUGCCAGAGGCCUUCAAGGGGACCAAGAAAGGGAGUGUUUUCCUGACUCCCUACCGGGUUAUCUUUGUGUCAAAGGGGAAGGAUGCUAUGCAGUCAUUUGUGAUGCCCUUUUACUUGUUGAAGGAUUGUGAGAUUAAGCAGCCAGUGUUUGGAGCAAAUUACAUCAAGGGCACAGUGAAAGCAGAGGCAGGAGGUGGCUGGGAAGGAUCUGCCACAUUCAAGAUGACCUUUUCAGCUGGGGGUGCAAUUGAAUUUGGGCAGCGGAUGCUGCAGGUGGCAUCACAAGUUUCCAGAGGUGAAAUACCCAGUGGAGCUUAUGGCUAUUCCUACAUGCCAAAUGGAUCCUAUGCUUUUGCACCACCUGCAGCUAACGGGGGCUAUCCAUACCCACCUCCUCCACCAGACUUUUAUCCUGGUCCUCCUGCAGCAGAUGGAAACAUGGGCUACAUGCAGCUUCCACCCCCACCAUACCCAGGGCCCAUGGAACCCCCUGUCAGUGGCCCAGACCUGCCCUCCACUCCUGCAGCUGAAGCCAAGGCUGCUGAAGCUGCUGCCAGUGCUUACUACAGCCCAGGCAACCCCCACAAUGUCUACAUGCCCACGGACCAGCCACCCCCUCCUCCAUACUUCCCACCAGAGGACAAGAAAAACCAAUAAGCUGACACAGAACUUCUCCACGACUCAUUGCUUUCUUUUUUUCCAUUUUGGCAGAAUUCUGGGGCACAGUCCAUAGCACUGAGGAGUAGAGUCUUCUCCCAAGGUGCACUGUUUUCAGGGGCUUUAGGAGUAGGUCUCUGCAGAGCAAGGGGAAGGAUUUUGGCAGCCUGGAUCACCUGUGGAGCUCUGAGGUGUUGCUGUCCUGCAACAUUCCCUCCUCCCUGUGCACAGCAUUGCUACACCUGGGGGUUCUCUUUGCCUGUGACUGAUUCCCUUAGCUCUGUUUCUUUUGAUACUUAAAUUAUACCUCUUUAGAGUCAGCAUCUGCUCUAAACUGCUAAUUAACAUGAUCAUGACAUGGAAACAAAGCUCUUGGGGGUGGGAGGUGUCUUGAAUUUACCUUAGUGUACAUCCAAGAGCACCUCUGGACACAGGGAUGCCUCUGCUUACUCUUUUUAAUCCAGAGUGUCAGAUCCAACUCUUUGCUCUUGAGAAAGGACUUCAAAGGCAAUCUUUGGGAUCUCAAAGGAAAUACACACCUGUGAUAUUUUUCAGAUACAUAUUCAACUUCCUUGGGUUUUUUUUUUUAAUCUAAGUCAUUCCUGACAGUCAUAGCAAAUAAUCUGUUAGCCCUUCAAAUUUCCCUGCUGCUUACCAUGUGUGACAAUGCUGACCAACUUCCCUUCCUCAGACAUGCUGCUCUUCUCCAGUAGCAUCUGACCAGUUUAGAUCCCAUGGGAACACUAAUAUUUCUGCAGUCUCUAUUUUCCAGUUAGAUAUGUGAGUUCACUAAGUCCUGAACAUUCACCUCAUAGUCUAUAAUGCACUUUUGUUUUUCCUUUGUUGUAACACAAGUUACACCUUUUGGCCAGUGAAGCAUCUUCCUGCUGUGAUUUACCUGGUGAAUUAACAGCUGAAGGGCAGAAAGCAGUUGCUUUACUUCUGCCCUGGAAGCACUUGAGAGAAUAUGCAAAACACUGGAAUAAGCUGUAAGGUACAAAGUGUUGUUUAUUGCUGUCUGUGUUCCUGGUCCAGCUGUGAAUUCCCAAUCACCUGAAUGCAGACUCCUCAUUGAUUCCUUGGUCUCCUUAGCAACAACUCCAGUGCAGAACCUCUGCAGGACUGAUCAGAAUCUGGGCUGGGAAACUUUGGCUUUGUACAAAGCUUUGCACAAGUCACACUUCACUGUCUUCUGACAGCUGAGAGAGAGAAUCCUUCCCAGCAAAGUGUGACAGAAGAUCCUGUGCUAGGGAACUGCUGAGACUUGCUGCAUGCACCCUGCUCGGAGAGAAAAAAGGUCCACCUCUUGUUUUCUUUUUCUUUGAGUUUAGCUGAUUAAUGAAAUUGCUACUGUUUGUGCACUGACUUUUCUAGAAUUGCUACUGCGAUGAUGUAAAGAAAUGGUUAUUUAAAAAAAAUAUUUAUUUUGAAAGCAUUUGAUUAAUAUAUUAAUGUGAAAUGACUUUUGAAUGCAGAUUUGUUUUGCCAAGACUGUGAAGUAAAGAGAAAUCAGUUCAAAAAC